AUGCUCGGCGCCGGGUUGGCGAUUAGAGGGGCGAGUGAUGCGUUUCCAACGGUGGCUGGGGCGCUUGACGCGACGCUUCCACUGUCGAGCGGCGACGUCGGGACGACUGUCGGGACGGCGGUCAUCGCGGCGACAUGCGUGACGGUGGGGAGGAUAGGGUUAUUACAAGCGUGGGUAGAGUUCGCCGAGAGCACCGAUCGGUCGAACGCGAGCGUUUUGGGAGCACUGGAGGGAUCCGCGGACGUGUUGCUGGUCGCCGCGCUCCCGGCGAUUGGAGAGGAGGUGUUGUUCCGAGGGGUGGUAUUACCGGCCAUAGGCGGGGUUCCCGGAAUUGCGAUCUCGUCAAUCGUCUUCGGAGCAUUACACAUCGGAGGUGGACGAAGCGCGGCGUUUGCGGUAUGGGCGAGCGCGGUCGGGGCGUGUUACGGAGUGGCGGCGCUGCACGCAGGGUGCGUCGCAGCGCCUGCGGCGGCGCACGCGAUGGCGAACCUCGCGUCGGCGAUGUAUUGGAACGCCACGCGAGCGGAGGGGGUGAAGAUGGCUAAGGAGACCGCGAGCGAUGCGGGGUCGGAUUCGGAUUAG